AUGAACUUUCUUGGUGGUCUUAGUAACAGAUGGACUAUUGCUGCUGCGUUUGGAGCCACAGGUAGCACUGUUAUGACCAUGGCAUUGGGUGGAGGCAACAGCAUCUCGUUUGUCCCAUCGGAAUCUCCCUGGGUAGAAAUUAUUGACGUUUUGUUGGCCGUCCUCCUUUGUACAAUACUAUUCUAUCCAUACUUUGUCUGCCUCACAACUGAAUACAAGUUCGUUGGUUCUAUCCUUGGCUUUCUUUAUGGUGUGUUGAGGUUUUCUUUUCAACUUGCAACACAGAUAUGUUGCCAUGUUGCCGAUAAGAAAACAGGAUCCUAUGGAAUAAUGAUUAUUCAUAACCUGCCGACAACACUGUGCCUUAUCUUUAUAACAACGCGAUUUGCUUUCCUUAUUGUUCGACGAGUUCGACAGAUGUGGUCUGUAUCUUCUACAGAGUCAGCUGAAAAGGACUCCUGCUCCCGCUCACUGGUUCAUGAUUCAGACGUUCUUCACGUGAAAUUCAUUUUAGGGCAAAAACCUCCGAUAUACCCGAACAAGUCAGAGUGGUACUGGAAGGUUCUCCACUUUUUUUACAUACCAAGGGCAGAUUUUAAGUUCUCCACUCAGUUGAUAUCAACAGUGUUUCUUGUCGGGAUAGCUGUCUUUGAAGCUAGGUUAGUUUUCUAUUUUCUACUGGCUAGAUUUAUAUAUUUCUUGAUUUUAGGUUGUCUUUACGGAUCGCACAUUUUCGCAGCUCUGAUUUAUAUCAUAACAACACUUCAUUUCAUGAAGUGCCACAGGGACCACAUGCUCCAGCUUUACCGUGGAGAUAGACGUCUAAUGCAAAACGUUUGCCUCUCACCGGCCUCUUAUGUGGGAGAAAGUCUGGGUUAUACUGGAUAUCAAGUCGCCUAUGCCGCGAUUGGUUUUUCCGUGUUGUCAGAAUUGGGCUUCCUUCUAAUUUUCAUUCCAAGCAAUAAUAAGAUGAUACGCGAUUGGAUUUUAUCAAUUGCAAAGGGACUUUUACCAACGAUAGUGCUGAGUGUCAUUUCACAAGUGUUCCAGGGCGUGUUCCUAUCUCGAUAUGCCUUUCGUGACAGAGAAUACCCAAAUUUCUCGGUCGUGAUUGAUAACCGACGACUGUUCUCUAUCAUGUCAUAUGCCUUUGUGUUCCUCAACGCCAUUGUUGGAAUCUCAAUAGGUCUUCUCCGCAUAGCUAAAGCUAUGAUUCUCGGGCUUUUCUUCUUCUCGCGUCCCGACCGACCUAUUCUCAUGCCAGGAUUUCAAAAAUGGGAAAAAGGUUUUGUAGCGUAUCUUGGAUUUCUUCAAGUGUUGGUAGCCCACAGACAUCCCGUUGUGUUAAUGUUCUGCCAAUUGCUCAUUGAAAGCAACAAGGCGACAACUUCGGAGGAGAAACAACAUUCCAACCUUUCUGUGAAGCCAAACAACGCUGAGGAGCCAAAACAAGUCACUGGAUUCAAACGCGAAAUCCGCCAUCCACGCCUGUCACAGAGGGUGGUCAACCGCUGGCUUCUUGCUGUAACUCUCCUCCGCAAUCCCACAAUCAUACAGUAUCGUCACCAUUCCUUUUCGGUACCCAUUGAACAGAGUGAGGUCGACACGUCUUCAGUAUCAGUUUUAGUCGACGCUAUGGUCUAAUCGUCAGGUUUAGCUCAU